CGCUGCGGAGCCACUAAAACAAACGCAGCGGCUUCAGUAGAUCAACAUGGCCGGACAGGAGGAUCCAGUGCAGAGAGAAAUCCACCAGGACUGGGCAAAUCGCGAGUAUAUCGAAGUGAUUACCAGCAGCAUCAAGAAAAUAGCCGAUUUCCUCAAUUCCUUCGAUAUGUCGUGCAGGUCCCGCCUAGCCACCCUGAAUGAGAAGCUGACUGCCCUGGAGAGGAGGAUUGAGUACAUUGAAGCCAGAGUUACGAAAGGGGAAACACUGACCUAAAUGUCUCAACGCAGAGGACGAGAAAAAUGGCCACUCUCCGUUUUUUCCUCCUUUUCCAUUCAAGUUCAACAACUCAACCAACUGUCACUUGACAGACUGUUUUAGACCAGCCUCUUAAAGCCCAAAUUAGGAACUGCUGCAGCAGCACCAUCACUGGACUGAUUCUGAGUUCUGUUUCUGAAAAAGAGAACGUGGAAAACAUGCACAUUUUACGUUUUAAGAGGGCAUUCUUUAAAAGUCUCUUGUUUUGAGCAGCUGCUGCAGUUCCUAAUUGGGGCUUUAACGUGCGGGACCAUUGUGAUGACGUCUAUGAGCAUUUUAAAUGUGUUCCACACUUUCUGCCUCAGUAUGAACAAUGUUGUUUUAUUUUGGAUCCUUGGUUUGGGUCAGUUGACUUGUUACAUACGAUUGAUUGGUCCCCUUUUUAACUUUGCUCUCAAGCUUGAACAGCUGUUCUAAACAUGCAAACUUAGACACUAAACCUUUUAGAAAUAUUGAGCGUUCAGUAAAGUAAUCAGUAAAUAAAACAUGGACAGAAGAAUAGCCUGGAUGCCUUCCAGAUCAUAACGGUUCCAUUUUAUUUUUAACCGAACAAAAAAAAAAGAUAAUUGUGAGAAUUGUUUAUUUUUUUGCCCCUAAUGUGUUUAACUAGUUUCUUUAUAUAUUUUGUAAUUGUUUAAAAUGCAAAAUAAGCCUGCAUAUGCAGAAACGUGGCUACCCUUGUCUCUCAUGCAAUAGAACGAACAUCUUAGCAGCUUUACAAAGCACAUAAUAGCGUGUGUUGGGUGGGGGAGUUUCUAAAGUGCCAAUCAGACCAUGUUGAAGAGGCGGAUGCAUCUGCAGCAGUGCGGUUUUGUGUUUUAUUUAAUGCUCAUACAUUGAUGUUUUGUGGUUUAAACAAGGAAAUAAAAAAAUCAAGUAACUGUCA